AUAGAGUCGUCCUUUUAGGUUUCAAACACUUUUGACUACGCUUUUCUCUUUUCUUGCUGCUCCUUUCCCUUUAGGAGACAGAACACUGACUGAAAAUUAAAAGGUUUGAAAGAAAAAACCUACGCUGCUUUUUUUAUGCAAAAAAGAAAAAAAAAACCUACACUUAAAAAGAAAUAAUAGUAAUACCCUGCCUUCAUUUGGUAACCCUUUUAACUAAUACGGGGUUUUUACACGUGGACACUGUUUGGUUUGUGGGUGAAAUUUCUCUUUGCAGAUUGUUUUGAGAAGGCGAAAUCCCGAAGAAAUUGAGUUUGUUGAAGCAUCAGAUAUGUCGGAUAUUAGGAAGUGGUUUAUGAAAGCGCACGAUAAAGGCAAAGGCAAUGGCAAUGGCAGUGCCUCAAAGCCAGAAAAUGCGGCGCCAACUAAUACAGAGCCUGUACCUGGAGGCCAAGAAAAUUCUGGCAGAAGAAAAACUAGCAAAUAUUUUCCUGCAGAAAAACAAAAGGCAAAGGUUGAACAGGGAACAGCUGAACUUCCAGCUAAGAGAAAAGCUCAAAAUGACAGUAUUGAAAAACCCUCACCUUUGAAGAAACCAAGCAGAGCUGAUGUUGAUGAUGACUUUGUUCUGCCCAAAUCUAAGAACUCUGUGGAUGUUACUCGGAGUAAGAAACUGAAGAGUGUUUCUGGCAGGGCUGUUGCACAAAAAGCUGUAGAUGUUUAUGACAGUGAUGAAGAUGAUGCUAAAGAUUUGGAGUCUCCUGUAAAGUCUGGUGGAAGGGGUCGUGGUGGCAGGGGUGCAUCAGUGGGACCAGCUAGCGGACGAGGCAGAGGUGGUGGACGAGGUGGAUUUAUGAAUUUUGGAGAAAGGAAAGAUCCUCCUCAUAAAGGAGAGAAGGAUGUCCCUGAAGGUGCUCCUGAUUGCUUAGCUGGUCUAACUUUUGUAAUUAGUGGAACACUUGACAGUUUAGAAAGAGAGGAAGCUGAGGACUUGAUCAAACGCUUUGGUGGUCGUGUUACUGGAUCUGUCAGCAAAAAAACGAAUUAUCUUUUAUGUGAUGAAGAUAUUGGAGGUCGAAAGUCCUCUAAAGCCAAAGAGCUUGGCACUACUUUUCUUACUGAGGAUGGAUUGUUUGACAUGAUCCGUGCAUCAAAUCAUGGAAAAUCUCAUUCGAAAGAAGAGUCAAAAAAAUCUGCUGUCAACAUUGCUACUUCUCCACCUAAGAAGAGCCCCCAGAAAGUGGAAGUGAAGAAGUUAUCCAAAAGUCCAAGCAAAAGUGUCUCAUCUGCAAAGCAGAGAGGGCAACCAAUCCAGCAUUCUUCUCUGACAUGGACUGAAAAAUAUAGGCCAAAAGUUCCAAAUGAAAUCACUGGGAAUCAAUCAUUGGUUAACCAGCUCCAUAAUUGGUUGGCACAUUGGAACGAGCAAUUUCUUGGUACUGGAAGUAAGGGAAAGGGUAAAAAGCAAAAUGAUACUGGUGCCAAAAAGGCUAUUCUAUUAAGUGGAACACCUGGAAUUGGGAAAACUACAUCAGCAAAGUUGGUUAGUCAGAUGCUAGGUUUCCAGACCAUUGAGGUAAAUGCUAGUGACAGUCGUGGAAAGGCUGAUGCCAGUAUUUCUAAAGGAAUUGGUGGAAGCAAUGCAAAUUCAAUAAAGGAACUAGUUAGCAAUGAAGCCUUGAGUGUUAAUAUGGAUCGUUCAAAACAUCCAAAGACUGUCCUGAUUAUGGAUGAGGUGGAUGGCAUGUCUGCUGGUGAUAGAGGUGGAAUAGCUGAUCUUAUUGCCAGCAUAAAGAUUUCCAAAAUCCCAAUCAUUUGCAUUUGUAAUGACCGCUACAGUCAGAAACUGAAGAGUCUUGUAAACUACUGCUUACUUCUUAGUUUCCGUAAACCUACCAAACAGCAGAUGGCCAAGAGGUUAAUGCAAGUUGCAAAUGCAGAAGGCCUUCAAGUUAAUGAGAUUGCUCUUGAGGAACUUGCAGAAAGAGUGAAUGGAGAUAUGCGAAUGGCCCUGAAUCAACUGCAGUACAUGAGUCUGUCCACGUCAGUCAUUAAGUAUGAUGACAUAAGGCAACGUCUCCUUACCAGUUCCAAGGAUGAAGAUAUUUCACCCUUCACGGCUGUUGAUAAGCUGUUUGGCUUUAAUGGAGGAAAGUUGAGAAUGGAUGAACGAAUUGACCUGAGCAUGAGUGAUCCUGAUCUAGUUCCACUUCUUGUUCAGGAAAAUUAUAUCAAUUAUAGGCCGAGUUCAAUUGGUAAAGAUGACAGUGGGAUGAAAAGAAUGAAAUCGAUUGCCCGAGCUGCUGAGUCUAUUGGUGAUGGUGAUAUAAUCAAUGUUCAGAUUCGAAGAUAUCGGCAGUGGCAGCUCUCACAAACUGCUUCCCUUUCAUCGUGUAUCAUUCCUGCUGCCUUAUUACAUGGACAAAGGGAGACACUUGAACAGGGAGAACGGAAUUUUAAUAGAUUUGGUGGGUGGCUAGGAAAGAAUUCAACUAUGAGCAAAAAUUAUAGGCUGUUGGAGGAUUUUCAUGUUCAUGUUCUUGCUUCUCGUGAAUCUAGUUCUGGAAGAGAGACCCUUCGACUUGACUAUCUUACAGCUCUUCUGAAAAGAUUGACUAAUCCUCUUCGAGACAAGCCUAAGGAUGAAGCUGUUAAGGAGGUUGUAGAGUUUAUGAAUGCUUACUCGAUAAGCCAGGAGGAUUUUGAUACUGUUGUGGAGUUAUCUAAAUUCCAGGGGCAUUUGAAUCCACUGGAGGGCAUUCCAACAGCUGUCAAAGCAGCUCUGACAAGAGCAUACAAUGAAGGAAGCAAAACGCGAAUGGUACGAGCUGCAGAUUUAGUAACUCUCCCUGGAAUUAAAAAGGCCCCUAAGAAGCGAAUUGCUGCAAUUCUAGAACCAUCAGAUGAUAUAUUAGGGGAGGAGAAUGGUGACACAUUGCCAGAAAAUGAAGAGAAUGCUUCAGAUACUGAGAACUUGGAAGACACUACCAAUGGUGAGAAGUUGCAGGCGGAACUUCAGAGUCUGAAUUCCAGAGGAAUUGAAGUACAAAUGGAGUUGAAAGGGACAGGAAACUCAAGUGCUAAGAAGGGGCUGGUUGGUCGAGGAAAAGGUGGGAAGGGAUCUGCUGAAAAGAAAGGCGGGCGUGGUUCAGGGGCCGGAGCGAAGAGAAAAAGAUGAGAAGUGAGUAUUAGAGUGGACAUUUUACAAUUUUGGCAGCGUUUAUAAGCAGUGAAAGUAAGCAUGGCCUCUUGCUCUUAGGAUUAUAGGUGUUUCCUUGCUUUUUAGUAGUGUGGAGGAGAAUAUCAUUCCUUUUCCUAUGGUUUGAUGCAAAAAUAUGUUUUGAGCUUUUUGAGCAUGUUAUGAAAUGGUGGAUUGCCCUUUGAACCUUCAUUUUGGAUGAAGGCAUCUCACAUUCACUUUCAAUCAAAGAAUCCAAGUCCUAGUGGGUGCUGCUGAUUCUGCUAUCUAUUUUUGUAUUCUCUUUGGGUAUAUUAGUUGGCUAUGUAUAUUGACAACGUUCACCGUAAUCAAGUGGAAUGAAAUAUUUUACUCCGCAUUUAAGUGGCUUUCAUAAUUUUUGUCCAAUUUUGAUUUAGGAGAUAAAUAUGAGCAAAGAA